GGGUCGUCGGGCUGCGGGUGGUGGGGCCGCGUCCGGCGGAGACACGGGAGGGAGUGCUGCAGCUCCGCCUUGGCCUGGGCGGCCGUGCCAGCUUAUUGUAGGAGUGACUAGGACAUCACCUUCUAGAAGUAAUGCCCACAGAAAGCGCCAGUUCUUCCACUGCUCGUUCAGCAAAACAGAAACGCAAAUCUCACAGUCUUUCUAUCCGAAGAACGAACAGCUCAGAGCAGGAGAGGGCAGGCCUGCCGAGAGAGAUGUUAGAAGGACAGGAUUCCAAACUACCCUCCUCGGUUCGCAGCACACUUAUGGAACUGUUUGGUCAAAUAGAAAGAGAAUUUGAAAACCUGUAUAUUGAAAAUUUAGAGCUGCGUAGAGAAGUCGAUACUCUUAACGACCGUUUAGCUGCUGAAGGACAAACUAUUGAUGGGGCAGAACUCAGUAAGGGCCAACUCAAGACGAAAGCCAGUCACAGUACCAGCCAGCUCUCUCAGAAGCUGAAGACCACGUACAAGGCCUCCACCAGCAAGAUCGUCUCCAGCUUUAAGACCACCACAUCGAGGGCUGUGUGCCAGCUCGUGAAGGAGUACAUUGGUCACAGGGAUGGAAUCUGGGACGUUGGUGUGGCCAGGACGCAGCCUGUGGUGCUGGGCACUGCGUCCGCAGAUCACACAGCUCUGCUCUGGAGCAUUGAGACUGGGCGGUCCCUUGUCAAGUACACUGGCCACGUGGGCUCGGUGAAUUCUAUAAAAUUUCAUCCAUCAGAACAGUUGGCUCUCACAGCUUCUGGGGAUCAGACUGCUCACAUUUGGCGCUAUGCGGUUCAGCUGCCGACACCUCAGCCCGUUGCUGAUACUAGUCAGCAGAUGUGUGGCGAGGAUGAGGUCGAGUGCUCGGAUAAAGAUGAGCCUGACGUAGAUGGAGACGUUUCCAGUGACUGCCCCACCAUUCGGUCACCACUGACAUCUCUGAAGAGCCACCAGGGAGUGGUCAUAGCUGCUGACUGGCUGGUUGGGGGGAAGCAGGUGGUGACAGCCUCGUGGGACCGAAGUGCCAACCUGUAUGAUGUGGAGACGUCAGAACUGGUUCACUCGCUGACAGGCCAUGACCAGGAGCUCACGCACUGCUGCACACACCCCACCCAGCGGCUUGUGGUGACCUCCUCCCGCGACACGACUUUCCGUCUCUGGGAUUUCAGGGACCCUUCCAUCCACUCCGUGAAUGUCUUCCAGGGCCACACGGACACAGUGACCUCUGCGGUGUUCACGGUGGCGGACAACGUGGUUUCAGGCAGCGAUGACCGCACUGUGAAGGUCUGGGACUUGAAGAACAUGAGGUCCCCCAUUGCGACUAUCCGGACAGACUCUGCCAUCAACAGGAUCAAUGUCUGUGUUGGCCAGAAAAUCAUAGCCCUUCCACAUGACAACCGGCAAGUGAGAUUGUUCGACAUGUCGGGUGUGCGGCUGGCGAGGCUGCCUCGCAGCAGUCGGCAGGGCCACAGAAGAAUGGUGUGCUGCUCGGCAUGGAGUGAGGACCAUCCUGUGUGCAAUCUCUUCACCUGUGGCUUCGACAGACAGGCCAUCGGUUGGAGCAUCAAUAUCCCCGCACUGCUGCAAGAGAAAUGAGGCCCAUCCAGAGCUGGUGCUAGCCGUGCCCUAGGACAGUGCUGGCUUGCCUCCUUGUGAGGGUGUGGCCCAAGAGAGUGGUUGUCUGUUGUCACAUUGUACCCAGCUUGCAUGAAGUGUCCCGGGCAGCAUUCGGUCCUCUUCCUUUUGUAUUUGUAUUGUGCUGGACUCUGGUCGGCAGCUGACACCCUUCAGGGGUUUCCUCACUCUGUGCUGUACAUCCCAGGCAUGUGACAGGGGACAGGAGGGCAUUCCAUGGUGAGCUCACUGUGAACCUGUGUGCUGCUGUCCUGGGAUGGUGGCCGAGAGCAGGGAGGACCUGGGACUUGGAUGGGGCUCAGAGCUCAUGCGUGCUUUCGUGGGGUCUGGCCCAGAUUCUCCAUGUCAGUUUGCAAGAUUCACCAGUGGGCGUUGGAAGGUUGAAUUUGGAACCAAAUUUCCUUUGCAAAGAAAAUGUUUCUCCUUUCUCUAAUAGAAAAUCAUUUCAGUCUCCUGAGGCCUCAUGUGAACAAAUUCUAAAAUGUAAUGAUUCUAAUCACUGAUGUAAGAUAUUAAGCCAAUUUAAAAGCACUUUAGUUGAUAGCUGUGGCUUUAAACAGAUUUCAGACGACUUCCCCAUUGAAUGUGACAACCUUUCUAAGAAGGCCCUGCUACCUGCAACAAGAACUUGUAUUUAUUUUCUACACCUUUGGUUGGUUUAGUUUUCAGUGGAUUCAUUCCUUUGGUGGUAGUUGAGAGCCAACAAUGCAAAUAAAAGAGAACUACCUCAAAACGAAAUGUUUGGGAAACAUGGGCCUGUCACGGUCGCCUCAGAGUGUGCUGACCGGGAGCAGAUACCUGAACCCCCUACAGGGCCCGGAGGACAGUGCCCGCAUGUUCAGACCAGGGAUCUGCCUGAGCCAAGUUUGCAGGAAUGAACAGCAGGAGGCAUUUGUUCCAGUAGCUGGGAUACCUUCAGUGCCAACCUCCCACUGCCAGUGUGAGCCUGUCCCCAGCCUUCUUGGGUCACUUUUACACCAUGUUAGAAGUCCAUGUUUCUUGUUGAUAAUGAGACAUCUCAGCAUACUGCCUUCAUUUUUUUUUUUUUUGAAUCACGUUGACUCUGUCCAUUUGAAGUCCUCAGGGGAAGGCCAGCCCAACACUUACAGGAGUGUCCUCUGUGGGGCACUGCAGGGGCGUCAGGCAGCCUCCCCCAUGAUGGUCCUGCAUGUCAGCUCUGGAUCCUUCAGUGAUUCUGAAAUGAUCCACACAGGCCUGGGGAAGGGGCCAGAAGUUCUCAAUAAUGACAGUAUAGAGCUGGGUUUGCCCCCGCUCGCAGAACAGGUGUCUGGUCUCUGGAGUUGAAGCUCAAGGGUCCAGCUGAUCUCUGAGUGCACUGUGGGAUCUGGGUGGGAUCCGUGUUCUCUCUCAGGGAUCUGGGUGGGAUCCCAGUGUGCACUCUUGGGGAUCUAGUUGGGAUCCCGGUGUUCUCUCCUUGGCAUGUGAGGAAAAACUGCAUGAAUCCCCACGUCUGUGCUCUCGUUUUCUCUCAGUGUUUUUGGAAUCAUUGUUUUAACACUGAAACCGUCUCCACCAUAUGAGAAGGUGGAAGUUUGCAAGUGCUCACCAGGCAGGUGAGGCCAGCAGGAGGGGCCAUGAGAUACCCCUGUUCCUCCCAGGGUACUUACACAGGUUGUCUGCGCUGGGCCUGCCGCUGCUUGCUGCACAUGUCCAUGCGUGCCUGGGUGAGCCUCCAUAGGCCCUUGGUGUAGCUGGUGCUGAGACGUGUCAUUGCACUCCACUACUAUUUGGGAGUGGUGCAGUCUUCUUGUGCUGAAUGUGUCCAGAAUUUCAUAGAGCCCCGGAAGGAAAGUUAGUGGUCCCUGAAAAUAUGGACUGGCGAGAAAAGCCCCCACUUUCUCAACCACUGCACAUCAUUUGUAGAGUCACAGAUUCUGUACAUAGUUGGGCAUUCGAAGAAUCCUGUGUAAAUUGUCCGUUGCUUAAAUCUGUGAAAAACAAGUUCCUUUUGGCGGCAAGUAUGCAUUUAUAAGUGUUAUGUGGAAGCAAAUGUUUUAUUGUAUCGUAGUUCUUAAGUGCUCAGUGUCUUCAUUGCAAUAUGGAAUUCAUUAAAAAUCCAUGUUCUGUAGUGAC